UCGAUUAAUACCAAUGUUGAUUUAUUUGACUUUUGACGUGAACACAAAUAAAAUCAUGCGAAUGAACCUGUGAAGUCCCUAAUCCUGAUGAAAUACAUCAUACAACCUGCUUUGUUACCGUAAAACUGCUUGAUUGCAUGAAACAUCUUGGCUUUUCUUUUCUACAAUGUCAAACCAUAGAAAAUUGUAUUCCUCAACCGAAUCUUUAAGCGGGAUGUAAAACCACAGCCAUCCGUUCUCUGCCAGUCGCCAUGGAUACAAUUGAAUGAUAAACCAAGUCAAUCAAGAAAGGCCGCAAGAGUUAACAAAAGUUUAAAAUAGCAGGAAGUGAAGAAAUGGCAAGAGACGUAACAAAAUCGAGAAGAAAUUUCUAGUGCACAACUGGUAAUCAGACGAGUGAUACCAUAAAAAUGAGCCAAAUGUUCAAAUGCUUUCUGUGAUUGAACGUGCGCAAAAUUCAAACUUGUGAAAAUGUUUUCCGUUUCAAAGAGAAUGGCGUUACUGGGACUGUUGUUUUCCAUUUUGACAAAUCAGAUCGUUCAAACUGAUAAACUCAAAAUAUUCCCCAAAGUAGAAAAGGGCGAACAAGUGAUUGAACAAGGCUCAACCCUAACACUCACUUGCAUCAAAAACUUGUCGGAUAAUUUAAUCGAGCUGAGAUGGACACUUCCCAAAUUCCAAACCUCUCUUCCUGCGAUAUUUCGACACGGACGCCUCGAAAAAAUUACUUUUAAGAAUGAAACGCACCUCGUCUCGACAAUGACUUUAACCAACACCACUAGAGACGACACGGGUUUUUACAAUUGCAGCGGAAACUGGGAACAAGAAGAUCGAUACGUUUACGUUUCUAGUACCGAAAAUCUUUCAUUGAUGAGAAACCAAAAUUACAUUUUCCCGCGUUUCAAUUUAACCGCCACAACAAGAGAUUCGAUUUUUAUCCAUUUCAUUAUUACUCAUCCCAACGUCACCAUCUCAAUCUUCAAGCAAACGAGAGAAAUAGGCGUCCAACCACAAAAGGCAUUCCGCAAGAUAUUUGAUUCCUCAUCUCCAACUGUAAAUUCGAGAUGGUCAUUCCAUCCCAGAAAUGGACUGGCGAUAAAGAAUCCAACCGUUUCCGACUCGUCAAUUUAUUAUGUCGUUAGUUACUUGCGCUUCGUUAACGGUAAACGAGUCGACAUUAAACACGACAAAACUACAAAAGAAUUUCUGAGCUGGAUCAUCCCACCGAAUGAACUCAAUUAUUCUUCAGUAAUGCAUUUUUCUUUAAUUGUAGAAGGCAAUACAAUUGUGAUGUUAUCCCUCAAGAACUUUUUCUAAUAAUUAACGUUUACAAAAUUAGGAAUGGAAGUAGAGAGGGGAGCACCUGUCGAUCCAGUGGAAGGAUCAAACUUCACUUUGAUUUGCACAACUUCCGCGUAUUUUCACAACGGU